AUCAAUCCAUCAAUCCAAGGACAUUGGAGGAAGAUAUUAUUACUCUACUUCACUUGAUUUUGGAUUCGCGAGAUCUUGGUAGAGGGGAAUAUCUGCUGCGCGAUGAUUGCUUCUACUCCACCAUGUUCCCCAACCUUCGGGACGAUCAGUUUCGAGCUCGGUUCAGGACAAUCCGACAGGGGCUGGCAGCAGCUAUAGCACUGAUAGAGGAUCAUCCUGUAUUCCUCAACAACUCAAACCACCAGCAAAUGCAUCCUGGAUGGCAACUUGCUAUCGCCCUCCAUCGUUUUGGAAUUAUGGAAGCAGAACCAGAGUGAACGAACUGGCAAAGGACUUCGGCAUAGGGCAGGGAAUUGGUUCAUUGUACACAAGCCGAGUGAUCACAGCAUUGGUAUCACUUACACCACAGUGGAUAAGAUGGCCGGACGAAGAGCGCAAGGAGGAACUAGGCUAUGUAAUGCGCAAGGAGGUUUCCUGAUUGUAUUGGAUCCAUUGAUGGGACUACCAUUCCUCUUUCUGAGAAGCCAACCCUUCACGGCGACCAUUUCCUUGACCGGAAGAAAAGGUGCUGUAUUGAUGCUAUGCAGGCU